AUGCCGGGGCUGCGCCGGGACCGCCUGCGGACCCUGCUGCUGCUGGGCGUGCUGCUGGCCGCCGAUCUCUACUUCCACCUCGGGCCCCGGGUACGGCGCCGGCUGCGGCCCCGGGAGCGCCCGCCCGGCUGCCCGUGCGCCCACCGCGCCGCCACCUCGGCCCCUCGGCCGGCCGCGCGCCACGUUCCCCCGGCCGAGCCGGACGGCGGCGGCCCCGGCUCCAAGCUGCGGGCCCUCUUCGCGCACCCGCUGUACAACGAGCCGGAGAAGCCGCCGCUGCUGGGGCCCGAGGACUCGCUCCUGGCCGGCCCCGAGGCGCUGCGCUAUUACCGGAGGAAGGUGGCCCGCUGGAACAGGCGACACAGGAUAUACAAAGAGCAGCUGAAUCUCACUUCCCUGGAUCCCCCACUGCAGCUCCACCUGGAGACCAGCUGGAUCCAGUUCCACCUGGGGAUCAGCCGCCACGGCCUGUACUCCCGGUCCAGUCCCGUCGUCAGCAAACUUCUCCACGACAUGAGGCACCUUCCCACCAUCAGCGCUGACUACAGUCAGGACGAGAAAGCCUUGCUUGGAGCCUGCGACUGCACCCAGAUCGUGAAACCCAGUGGGGUCCACCUCAAACUGGUUCUGAGGUUCUCGGACUUCGGGAAGGCCAUGUUCAAACCUAUGAGACAGCUGCGAGAUGAAGAGACGCCCGAGGACUUCUUCUACUUCAUUGAUUUUCAGAGACACAACGCUGAGAUUGCAGCUUUCCAUCUGGACAGGAUUCUGGACUUCCGACGGGUACCACCGACCGUAGGGAGGCUAGUCAAUGUCACCAAGGAAAUCCUGGAGGUCACCAAGAAUGAGAUCCUGCAGAGUGUUUUCUUUAUCUCUCCAGCCAGCAACGUGUGUUUCUUCGCCAAGUGCCCGUACCUGUGCAAGACGGAGUACGCCGUAUGCGGCAACCCGCACCUGCUGGAGGGCUCCCUGUCCGCAUUCCUGCCGUCCCUCAACUUGGCCCCCCGGCUGUCCGUCCCCAGCCCCUGGAUCCGCUCCUACUCGCUGGCAGGCAAAGAGGAGUGGGAAGUCAACCCUCUUUACUGCGACACGGUGAAGCAGGUCUACCCGCACAGCAGCAGCGGCCGCCUCCUCAACAUCAUCGACAUGGCCAUCUUCGACUUCCUGACGGGAAACAUGGACCGGCACCACUACGAGACGUUCACCAAAUUUGGGGACGACGGGUUCCUGAUUCACCUCGACAACGCCAGGGGGUUUGGACGGCACUCCCACGACGAAGUCUCCAUCCUCUCGCCACUCUCCCAGUGCUGCCGAAUAAAAAGGAAAACACUCUCGCACCUGCAGCUGCUGGCCCAAGCCGACUACAGACUCAGCGACGUAAUGAGGGAGUCGCUGCUGGAAGACCAGCUCACGCCUGUGCUCACAGAGCCGCACCUCCUCGCCCUGGAUCGCAGGCUCCAGACUGUCCUGAGGACCGUGCGGGGCUGCAUUGAGGCCCACGGAGAGCACAGCGUCGUGGCCAACGGCCCCACGGGACAGUCGGCCCCAGACUCCGGCCCCAGCUAGGGGCUGGACGAGUCCGACCUCGGGAACUACGCCUGGAGCCCGCGGUGGACUCUGGAGUGUGGACCACAGUGUCCUCGCGGGCCCCAGGCCAGGCUGGGGCCUGGGUCAGGAGCUCACGAAGCAGGCAGGGCACUGGGAUGAUUCCAAAAGAGCAGAAGAAGUGGGACCCACUGCACUUUCCUCCUUGGAGCACUGCCCUGGCUCCCUAUCUCCCCAGAAGCUCUGCUUCAAGGCCACAGACCACCUGCUGAGCCCACUGGGAAAUCUGGACACGGGACCAGCCUGGAAGCCUGGCUCCCAGGAGAGAGCAUUAACUGUAACAAAUAAAAUUACGGGACAUCAGAUGGACACCCCCAGAUCUUUAUUACAUCUACAAGGAUAAGUCCCGAUCCAGAUUAAUAAACAUCUGGCAUCUCACAAGCAGACCCCCCCAAAAAAACCUAAAUAUGGUAACUCCAACUGGUUCAAAGUAGUCUGCACACUUUCUAUUCAUAUUCUAAACACUGUGGCCCAGUCUGAACACAAUAAUCCCUACUGACUGGUCCUAAAGUAAUUUCUCAGAAGUGUUAUUACAAGAGGUGAAAAUAACAUAGGGAUUUGCUCAGAGUAUCAGCAAAGGGCUAUUUCAAUCCGAAGAGUAAAUGUCAAUUGAAAUAACAUCAAGGCUGUCAAAGCUGGCAUCCAGUAACAAUAGAAGGCAAAGCGAGGGUGGCCCUGAGGGGGGACAGCGGAAGAACGGGUCCAGCAGGUCCAUGAGCCUGGACUAAGCAGCACAGCCAGGACCGACCCGAGCCCACCGUCUUUCCUGAUGGCUAUUAUGAUGGUGAUCAACACACUGCUUCUCCAUGUUGUUUUAGUAGUUUUAGCCCAUCUAGAAGUACACUGCCAGGGCCUAACAAAAAUACAAAAAGGUCCGGACGGGAGAGGCCACAACAGUGAGAGGCCUGCGUACCGCAAAAAAAAAAAAAAAAAAAAAAUACAAAAAGGGUUCAGCUGUUCAUCUGUGGUUGGAGAGAAAGCAAUAUUAAGAAAACUAACAUCAUACUACUUCAAUUUUACACUGUCAAUAUUUAAGCCAUUAAAAUACAAAAAGGGAUUUCAUAUAAGCCAGUGUUUUCGAGGGAAAAUUAAACUACAACCAGUACAGUCAACCCAGGAAAAUGUUCUUCAAUUAUAUUCUGUUGUGACUCAAAAGGUUCCAACUCCAGCAGGUUGAGGGAGGGGAUUACUGAAUCUGGACAAAGUGCAUGUGUUACAAAGUAGCACAACUUAAGCAAUGUUCUGGGCAAUACAACAUUAUCUCCAACUUCACUGGAUGCAAAUGAAUUAAUUCCAAUAUGCUAAUGAAUUCAAUUUAAUCGUCCCCACCUCAGAAAUGAGAAAUGUUAGAAAUGACUUUAUAUGUAUGCGAAAUACAGAAGCAUACCUAAAUAUAUGAAUGCACAUAUUAAAUUUAAACCAAAGAGUAUGCUGACCUAGAAAUGACAUCCCCCAUUAAGUGUGGGAAAGUUCCAAAGCCAGAGAACCAGUCUACCCUCAAUAAAAAGGAAAUCUUUGACCUCUGA